GUUUUGUAAGGUCGUACGGACACCGAACAACAUACGGAGUACAAUAUUUAUUGGUUCAGGAACUGGCUGGGGAGUUUACAAAAAAUUAUAUUUUAGUUAAUAAAGUCGAUUAUGGAUAUCAGCACGGCUAAAUGCAGACUUUGUUUAUCACAAAAGGACCUAGUUUUAGUGUUUAAUUGUGAUGAUGUAGGACAUAAAAAAAUGAAGGAGUUAAUAUUGUUGACAACUGGAGUUGAAAUUUUGGAGAAAGAUGUCGUCUCGAGGAAAAUAUGUGCUAAUUGCAAUAAAAUCGUUAUUAAAAUGCACGAAUUCAGAGAGAGAUCUAUUAAGGCUGACAAAUAUCUUAAGGAAAAAAUUAUCGAGCAUUUAAGAGCGACGAAAAUGAAAAUUCCCAACACCAAUGUAACGAUUUCAACGACAAAACUCCAAAAAGAACAACUAGACGAUUUCAAUCAUAAUAUAUAUCAAAAUGAAUUGACUGAGGUUAAUGGAUCGAAAAAAGAUGAAAAUUUUAUUAUUUUGGACAGUUAUUCUUUUAAUGCAGAUAUACCUAAAAAAGUAAAAGUUCACGAAUCAGUCUCACAACUUUUUACGCGUUAUCCGAACCUUAAAUUGCGGACUGAUGUUCUCAUUUUCGAUGUAAAUCCCUUUAUUAGCUUAGAAUUAGAUGCAGUCGAAAAAUACUGUAGUGAUAAUAAUAUAGAUUUAAAAUUAGCUACUAAAAGAGCAAUGGAAGUAAAUACAGCUCGUAAAAAGACUACACCGUUUCAUAAUAAAAAUAUCUUGAAUUCAGAUAGUUCUUUAGAAACAAAUAUUUCAGAAAACAAAAGUUUUAGUAAGAAUAAUCUGGAAAACGAUCACGCUCCGUUGAAAGUUGGUCCCAUUAGUAUUAAGCUCGUAGAUGACCGGACUAAUUUCAAAGUAACUCCUAUAAGUAUCAAACUUGUUGAUGAUCACGCAAAGUUUAAAAUUAUUUCUAAUCACUCAUCUAAGCGUAAAAGGGAAAGUAGUGAAAGUAAAGAGACAAUUACAGAAACAAAACAAAGCAAAAUUAAAAGAAGAAGAAUAUCUUCGAGUGACUGUAUGUCCGAUACAGACACAGCUAAUUCAACAUUAUUUAAAACUUUAGAAUUAAAACCCAGUCACCCUUCAUCUAAACAAAUAGAGACGCAUAAGUGCAAUAUUUGCUUAUCAUUACACAAAAGCCCAAAGGCUCUUAAGUUUCAUUAUCAAGAACAUUUUUGUUGCAGCUUUUGUAGAGCAAGAUUUAGACUAAUCGAACGUAGAAUAAGCCAUGAAAAGAAAUGUACCGUAGGUCACGCUUUAAAUAGUAAAUUAUACGUCAAAUUAAAAAGAGUUGAUUUGGAUUCAAUUAUUAGAAACAAAUAUCUUAAUUGUAAUCCAGUCAUCAACAAAAAUAGUUUACAUUGUAACGAAGUUAUAGUAUUAUCCGACGAUGACGAACCAGUUAAGUCUACUAACUUAUCUAAUUCUUUCAUAUCGAAACCUAAUUCUGGUUUAUCAGUGGGUAUACCUGAAGCCCAAAAUAUUCUAGGGAAAGUAAAUAUGCCAGAAAAACAAAUUCAAACAGUCAAUGCGGUUGUUGCAACUGAAUCCAGUAGUAUUGAAAAAGUGAUUAAUGAAUGUGAAACGGAAUUGAACAAAGUUACAACAUAUUUCUCAUCUAAAUCGAACACGCUUCUACAGUCCCCUUCUACAGUCGGCAACAACGAAAUUUUACCUCAAGCUAAGGUCUCAAACACUCCUAAUACAGAAAUAUUACCAGUAAAAUAUUCAAGCACAGCAAUAGUAAGGCCUGAUAUUAAAAUACAAAACGACGCAGUACUAAAUACCAAUAAUUUAAAUGGUUCCGAUAUUAUUCUGCUAAAAGACUUAUUACGACACGCAAAACGAUUCAAGUCGUUAAAACUACCAAGUACUGAGGAUAUAACUAGAAAUGGGAUAAUGAAAAAUAUGUUUUUACAAUUGGGCUUGUAUAAAGUUCCAGUAAAUAUUCGACAUGGUCCAAAUUCUGUAACUAUAUCUGAUCAAGAAUCUACAACAAACAAAGAGGUAACAAUGUGGAAUGACGUAAAACCAUUACCUUUAUUUAAUAAAAAGGCAAAUGUGGAUAGUAACAACAUAACAUUGAAACCAAGUGAAACUAACCUAAUAAAUACUGUAAAGACAAAUAAUCCAGCGACGGUGCAACCUAGGGAUUCGGUUUCGAGCAUAGUGAACAGUGCACUAUUAAAAAUUCGUCAAACCCUAGGAAUAUUAACGAAUAAUACCCAAUAUUUCAAAACACAUUGUUCAUCCCAAGAUCAAACAAUAGUGUCUAGUUCUAAUAUACUUUCACACUUUUCUGCGCCGGUAACUUCUCCUAAUGUUGCUCGAACCAUUUCUUCCCAACAUUUUACCCCCAAUUUUCUUAAUACUCCAAGCGCACAGUUAUUUAAUUCUACAAAUAAUACUUCACCAUUAAAUAGUAAUGCCAGUUCUCCACAACGAGUUCUUAAUACUCCAAACAACGCAAUAGUUAAUAACGCUACACAUAAUUAUCGACAAGAAUUUAUACCCCUAUCAAGCACUUCAAUUAAUUUAACAAAUGAUAUUUCUCAAGUUUUUAGAUCACCUGGCGUUAUGACAAAUAGUAAUCAUACAUCAAUUGUAAGACCACAUAAUACGUCACAACUGAAUAGAAAUGCCAGUUUUCCACAAAUUGUUCCCCAUACUCUAAACAAUGCAAUAGUUAAUAACACUACUAAUAAUUCUCGACAAGAGUUUAUAAACCUAUCAAUCAAUUCACCAAACAGUAUUUCUCAAAAUUUUAUAUCGCCUGGCAGUGCCAUUAUGACAGAUAGUAAUAAUCCAUCAAUUUCAAGACCUGUUUCAAAUCCUGUAGUAACUGAUCGUAACUUUACCAACUGCAAUCGUUCAAGUUCUACACCUAAGCAAAAAUAUGCGCAAUUUACAUAUUCUAAACGUAGUAAUCAACAGUUGACUGCUCCUUUGUCAAAUAAUCAGUGUGUCUUACUUAACCCUCUAGUCGCAAAUUGUUUUACAACUCAAUACAAUAAUCUUCAACAGAAUACCUUGAACACACCCAUGAUUAGAGUUAAAAGUAUACAUGAAUUAAAAUAAUUGUCAUUAAAUAUAUUUUUGUAUUACAUUAUUUUUAUAAUAAUGAAUUUUUACU